AAUGUCAUCCUACGAUUGUAUGGAGUUGUGCCGUUUGUGUCUCGUUAAGGAUCGUGUAUCCGUGCCAAUAUUCGAGGGUGAGGGCGAUGUGCGACAGAUUUUUCUGAAAAUUGCUGCCUGUCUACCGGUCAAGGUAGGAAGGGAUGACAAGUUGCCGAAGAAGAUAUGCGACGACUGUGUGUACAAAGUAGAAUUACUUUACGACUUUUGGAAUACAACAGCUAAUGCUGAAAAACAGUUACUACAAUGGUUAGGGGAAGAUGGAGAGGACAAACAGGGUUACGUUUCAAGUGUAAUGAAUUCAGAACUGAUGAAGCAAGAGACUGUAGAGAACAGACUGGAUAGCUCAGUGAUGCAGACCGAGGAGCAUCAAAAUAACAUGAACAUGAAUAUGAUGGACCAAAUGGGACUGACAAUGCCAAUGAUCAUGUCCACAGACCAGCAACAAAUCACCUCAGUACCUAUGGCAUCAAGUGGAAAUAAUAUUCAAGUUGUUGCUGGUACAAGUUCACAAUCAUCUAGGGGAAGAAAGAGUGGAAAUAAUGAGGAUGAUGAGGAGGAGAGCGAGGACGAGGAGAAUUCGGAAGACGAGUGUGAUAAUGAUGGAGGAAUCAAUGUUAAAGAAGAAACACCAGAGUCUGGUAGAAAUGUCGAGCCAUCGUUCGUCAACGUAUCGAUACCCUGCGAAGAGGCUGGUCCGUCUGGUGUUCAGCAACAGAAAAUCACUGAUAUGCCUGAAAUGGUCAUGGCCCCAUCAGAAGGCGAUCCCAAGUCUGGAUAUUAUGUAUCAAAACUUGCGAUGCUAUCGCAGGAUGACUGCAACGUCGGUGAAAUGAAGGUAUUAGUGGAUGGAGAUACUGAACUAGUACUGAGUGAAACACUCCAAGUGAAAAAUGACGAAAGCCUAGAGGAUAUAUUACCGAGUCAAAUAGUCCAAUGUGCCCUGUGUGGAGACGGUUUCAUGAAUGAAAAUGAAUUGGCAUUGCACAUAAAAACUCACGAGUCCCUUCAAUCCCAGACAGACGACAAUCAGGAGCUGAUUGACAACGACAUCGAGGAUGAAAAAAUAGUCUACGUGUGUGAGCACUGCGGCAGGAGUUUUACGACAACAGGAAUGCUGCGUAAACACCAGCAACAGAUGCAUUCACAGACAUCUGAGAAAAUUCAUACGUGCGAAAUGUGUGGAUAUAGCUCUGUCCACAAGCAGAAUGUCAUUAAUCACAUGAGAAGGCACAAUCAGGAGUACAAGUAUUGCUGUGAAAUAUGUGGAGCUGGAUUUUAUGCUAGAAAUAUUUAUCUCGAGCACCAGUUAAUUCACUCCAGGGAGAAGCCAUUCCAGUGUGAAAUAUGCAAUGCCACCUUCAGGUAUCGUCAGGGCUUGAGGCUUCAUGCCAAGCUCCAUCAACCUGACUAUGUACCACCCCAGAAGAAACAUCUGUGCGAACUGUGCAACAAACGUUUCUCCAGAAAGCAGGUGCUUCUUGUUCACAUGAGAACUCAUGGAGGUGGUGGACCACAAAAUGAGUAUGUCUGUCACAUAUGUGGAAAGGCUGUGUCCAGCAAAACUUAUCUGACUGUUCACGUGAGAAAGCACACGGGGGAGAAGCCUCAUGUCUGUGAUCUCUGUGGUAAGGGCUUCAUAUCUCAGAAUUACCUGAGUGUUCACAGGCGUACGCACACUGGCGAACGACCACAUCAGUGCACACACUGCGAGAAGAGAUUCACCCAGAGAACUACUCUUGUGGUUCAUCUGAGGGGACACACUGGGGAUCGACCCUAUCCCUGCACCUUCUGUCAGAAGUCAUUUGCCUCGAAGACCAUGCUUAAUAGUCAUCUGAAGACUCAUGCCAAACAGAAUGCCAGGGCACAGCAGGAACAGCUGCUGAAGGAGGAACACCUGCAGGACGGCUUUCAACAUCUCCAGGAGACGCCCAAUGAUCAUCUCACCCUUGAGGAACUUCAGUCGGAAGAAAUUGUGGAUGAAUUGCAGGAACAGGCGCACACGACUGUCCUUGAAAAUGUCGCGGUUUUACUUCCUGGUUAGGAGGUGUUUGGAUGUGACUGAUUGAUGUACGCACGUGAGCAUUCACGGGGGUGGAGAGUUUUAUUUAUUUUUACGACAAAGUGCGCACAGGUGCUUGCUUGGGAGAUACCGUCCGUCGUUUUUGAGCUGUUGAAGGGAAAUUCAGCCCGACAAAGAAUUUUUUUCACGAAUUCAUUUUUUUUAUAUCCGGGACAUUUAUGCAUUAUAUUUUUUAAAAGUGUUUGGAACUUUCUUUAAAAACUAUUUUUCUGGGAGGAAUUUCCCGUAUUAUUGUGAUCCGAUUGUUCUACGAUCGAGGGAAAUGCAUUUUAUAUUUUCAGCGUCAUCUGACGAAAACGUUCUCAAAUUUAAACAGAAAAUAAAUUUUUUAUUUUCUUUUUUUCAAGUCAAAAUAAACAAAAAAAGGCUCCUGUCGAUUCAUUCCCCUCAACUGACAAAUAUUUUCUCAUCAAGACCGAUAGUAGUUUGAUUAAAUCUAGAGCAGCUUCAGUAUUUUUCUCAUUUAUAUUCAUUUAUAUUCUGUUGAAUAAUAAAAUCAUCUCGUGCACAAGAAUGCCUGCCUACUAGAAUAAUUGAAUGUUAAACGUAGUCAGUGUGUGUAAAUAAAAAAUAUCGAUAAUAAUGAUGGAGAAUAAAACUGUGCCUUAGUUAAACGUGAUUACGAUAAUGCGUAAGAAUGAGCAGAUGAACUUAAUUAGCUAAAACAUUCAAUCGUGAUUUAGGCAUUUGCGCCUGGGUGCAUUUUAUCUCGAAUUUAUUCGUUUAUUUAGGAAAUUUGUAGAGCAGUUCAUACAUGAAACCUCAUCCAUUGGGUGAGGGAACAUUCCAUGGAGGAGAUUGAUCGCAUACUUCUGUAUCGAAUACGUUUUCGUGUUACUGCGAAGGCAACUCUAAUCGCAUAAGUGCAAUUGUCUAGGAUAGUUUUUCAGAUUAAUGAUAAGAGAUGAUGCACCAAUAACUUUCAUGAAUUUUUUUUAUCAAUGAGUUGAGAUGAGAGAAUUUUGAAUAAUUUUUCACAGACACUGCAUUUCCUCGACAAAAUGAUCAUUGGACAGUUUUUUAUGAAUAUCCCUGGGGUCAUGGAAUAUACAAUUUUUUUUACUCUUUAUUGCUGAAAAUAAAAAUUUCCAUAAUUUCAUUGAGGGCAAAGCGGAAGAAUGUUCCGCCAAUUUUUGUAGCGACCAAAAAAAUUAUAAAUUGACAAUAAAAGAAAUUACUCGGAAUUCGAAGGUCUCGAACCUGGAAGAUCCAUAUGAAAAUAAGGAGAAGACUUUACAUCAAGAUCGAUUUAGUUUCUACGUCACAAGAUCAUCAUCACUAUUUCAUUUAGGCAUUAAUUCAUUUUCAGUGAUGAUUGAACAACGAAAAUGAAAAAAAAUGUCUCUACUCGUGUAGAAUUAUUACAUAGCGAAAAAUGAAUUUUUUGUAACAACUAAAUCUAUAUUUACAACAUAAAUUUUACUCCCAGGACAGUCGUCAAAUGAUCAACACUACAUUUUAUUUUUUAACCGAUGAUAAAACUUUUUUCUCUCACUGUAUCAAUUAUAUUUGCGGGCAAAGCGUUGAAUAAGUUGAUAAAUAAAGGGAUUUAAUCGUGUUGAAACAGUCAUUUUGUCCUGAAAAUGCUGUGUCAGUGUCAAAGCAUCUUAAAAAUAAUUAAUACUGAAUGAUAUUGACCAGAGUAACAACUGUAAUGAAUUUCUCAAAAGAAUUGUGAUGAUUCUAUUCUGUUAAUUAUUUUAAUGCUUGAGAGCUUAUGAAGGUGGAGAAUAAAAACGCCAGAAUUAAUGCUGAAA